AUUCACUCUGGUUGCAUUCAUUUCCUGCUAGCUCCCUCGUGAGCAAUGUCCUUGCUUGAUUGGCCGGCAUCCAUUGCUGUUUGUUUGUGGCCCCUCUGGUAAAGGCAGGCGCGCACCAUCACCAACGCGGCAUGCUUGACGGCUUUGACUUACAUAUAUACUCGGCCGACCAAUUCACAACAUCUAUAUUCAUCAACUCCCUAUAAUCUCGACACACAAGUCUAGCAUCUACCCAGGAUCUCACCAUGAAGCUACUUGGUGCACUGGUUGCUCUCACUGCAGCCAUCGCAGUCGCUGCUCCAGCCCACGACGUCAAUCCUCGCAACGUCCAAGCAGGCGACGCUCCUCAUCAGGACGACCCCAAGUUCAUUAGUGCCGUGAUGCGAGCUCACUGGUACUGGCGGAGGCUGCACUGCGCUCAGGACUUGGUUUGGGACAAGAAGCUUGCAGACGCGGCCCGCGCCGACAUCGAGGAGUGCACCCACGACCCUGAGCAUAAACGCCCCGGUAGCAAUCUCUCUUCUGUGAGCCCGCCGCCUGAUGACUACGAUGCCUGGAUCGAGUUUGCCCGUACUGCUACGCACGGCUGGCACGAGGAGGAGACCAAAUACCCCUACGACAAUCCGCAUUUCGAUGCCGCCUGGGGCCACUUCACACAAAUGGUGUGGCGCAACAGCACGCGUAUCGGUUGUGCAGUUGGCCGAUGCGACAGCACUGUCAACUGGCCUGGGCGCUUCUACUGCUACUACUCAUUCUUUGGCAACAAUAUUGCAGCCGGCCAGUUUGAGGAUCAGGUUUGGGCACCGGUCUGUCAUGACCCGGCGGCUGGCGAAGUGGUUGCGCGCCAGGAUGUCAACUUUGAUUGGGCUGGCGCCUAGAAGAAGCAAGCUUCAGGUGGUACUGGGUUCGACAUCAUGAGCCGUGUAACAAUGGUGGCUAACACGAGUGAUUUUUCUUGACGAUGUGCGGUCCUGGGCAUUGUCUAUAGGGGCGACUGUUCCUCGGGUUUUUGUUUGGGUAGGGCAUGGUUGCCAGGUCAUGCCAAUGUCGUUCUGGUCCGUCACAGUUUGGUUUCAAGGUGUCUUUGGCAAGCCAUGUAAGCAGUUGACGAUAAGGACCAUGAUGGCCGGGGUACAAGAAGGCGUCAGUGGUUACUUGAGUGUGGGAAAGGUAUUCAUGAUAGUCUAUGGAUUUUCAGUGAU